AUGUGCAAACACACCGAGCCGGAAGUGAAGCUGGUAAACAAGCGUCCACGACGCCUCAACGAAGCAGCUUCUCCUCAGUCCUCCCGCUGAAAUGUCCAAAAUUGAGAUGCUGAGGCUGCUGAUCAAUCAGCGGCUCACCGCGGCCGCGGAGGAGAUCUUCGGGGUGUUCGGAAGGACCAUAGCCGAGUACGAGGAGGAGAUCUCCCGCUCCAAGCUAGAGAUCGACCGCCAGCGGCGGCUGCUGGACCUGUCCACGAAGCCGCAGGUGUCGCUGCACGAGAACGGGCCAGCUGUCCCUGAGCAGAUGGAAAUGACCCUCAGUUUCGAUCGGAACCAAACUAAGUCUCCUCUCAUCAAGGAGGAGAACGAGGAGCUGUGGCCGACCCAGGAGGAGAAGCCUCCCACGGAACAGCUGCUGGGGCCGACAGCCGAGGAGGUUCAGAACCAGUACCGGGGGGACCCUGACCCACAGCUGGGCACCUCAGACCAGACCCGCCGUGACCUGCACGAUGGAGCCGUCAGAGCCUCAGGUGUCGAGCGGCUGGGCGUGGCUUUGUCCAAGGUGGCGGACUCUUACGCGUGCACCACGUGCGGCCGAGUGUUCGCCCAGCGCGUACACUGGGCCAAGCACGUGCAGGUCCACCGCAAGGUGCAAAACAAAGCCGACAAGUCGUACACGUGUGACAUCUGCGGGAAGAGGCUGACGCGCUUCGACGGGUACCAGAAGCACCUGCGCAUCCACACGGGCGAGAAGCCGUACUGCUGCGUCCAGUGCGGCCGCAGCUUCAGCGACCACUCCAACUACAAGCGGCACAUCCGCACGCACGCGGGCCCGAGACCGCAGCAGCGCUGAGCCCGAACACGGAGGGCGCGUGUGGCGCGUGACGAUGAGGAAUGAAAAUAGACGGAACCGGACACGUGGUCUGAUGGUUCCACGCAGAGUUUCCCUGAGCGCUCUAAGCCACGGAGGAGGUUCUGUAAAGACGCUUUAACAGAGACACCGGGUCUAAUGGAGAUGCUGGAAUACUGGACGUCUCGUGUUGUAUUACUUUUAACGGUCCGUCUGAACAGUUUGACCAGGGAAGCUGGUAACACGAAGCCUGUAUCACAUCUGCUGCUAAUUAGGUUUUGAGGCGAGACUGACACAGACAUUAUGGUAGAAUGUCAUUCUGACGUAAAUUCCAUCCGUGAACCCCGAAGUGGGCAGAAACGUCAUGGUUUGAAGGUACAUAUUGUCGCCAGCAGGUGGCAGCGUUCGCUUAGAAUGGCUUCUAGCUGCUGCCGUGACGUCCGACGGCAUCAUAAAACCAGUGCAGGGCUCCUGCAAGAUCCCUUGGUCCAUAAUACAACAGAACCUAGACCCGACCACCCACUACUGGGCCGAAGUUGAGUAAAUUCCAAGAGUCACCCAAGUCUUUAGGAAGAUUCCACAGGAAAACACUCCACAGUAGCCUUUAUUUACACAGGAAGGGCAAUGGUUUUACAUUGUCAUUGGAUGCGGUCCAGCUGGUGGCGCUGUGACUGACAGAGAUCACAGCGUCUCUGCGCCCCCUUGGCUCGAUUUGAGGACGGGACCAGAGAAUCACAGAAUGAAUAAACAAAUUCAUUUUCAAGGUUACAAGUGUGUGGUCGUACAAAAAGCUUUUAGAAAAGGAGCCGUAGUGCUUUUUGCAGCACCGCCAUGAAUGAGAAACCUCUGAACGGUUCUGUUUCUCAUGGUGUCGGGCUCAGGAUCCUCCUCAGAACCCGGCUUCUGUCCUUUAUUGCAUCAGAGCCACUCAGUCACAGCGUGGAGCAGAGGGAACGUACUGACUUGAUGCUCGAGUCAGAGUCUUACAGCAGCAACAGUGAGGUUCUGUGACACUGGUACCGCUGGUUCUUAGGUUUGGUUUUAACCAGCUGAGACCAGAUCUAGAAUAAAGUGUUCAAACUUUGGUGACACAGAAGAAUGUUGAUCUUUUUACAUUUCCAUUCAUUAAACUAAACAGAAGUCCGUUGUUGUGUCAGACACCUGGAACCAGCCCAAUGUGACGCCUUCACUCUAAAACACAGUUUCCUGUAAAAUGAAUCAAACAAAAGGGCAACAGAUCGUUAUGUUUGUGAAUCUGGAGCUGAAUCUUUGAAAUAAAUUAAAAUAAAUCCUGGCUGAGUGCGAACAGAACAACACUGAUUUCUGGUCCCACAGAGGACCAUGUAACAGGGCCACACUCAUCCCAGUGCCGAUAGACUGACCUCCCGCCUCAGCUGCAACUUUCUUUGUGCUGUUUAGGUCCCGGUUAACUAAAAAGCCUCUUGAUUUUAAUCUUAAUUUCUCCAAUAAAAUAUGAAUCUGUUGGGACUUCUUUCAUUGUCUCUGUUUGCCUUGUUCUCAUGGAUUCACUUUUUCAAAUGGUCAUAACCUGACCUGAAACAUGUUCUGGUGCUGUAAGAUUUGUGUGGAUUUAGUAAAGGUCAAAGUUCAUGGUGGA